AUGAUUCAUGGCCCAUGUGGUACAUUUAACAUGAAUUCACCGUGUAUGCAAAAUGGAAAAUGUUCAAAAGGUUUUCCGAAACUGUUUACUAUUGCGACACAAUCCGGACAGGAUGGUUAUCCAAAAUAUCGUCGUCUAUCACCGGAUGAUGGGGGGCAAACUUUUCAGCUUAGGAAAUCCGGUAAUCGCAUGGUCACAAUCGAUAAUCGGUGGAUUGUGCCAUAUAGCCCUUUAUUAUUACGUGUAUUUGACUGUCACAUCAACAUAGAACUUUGCCAUUCAGUAAAAGCCAUUCAAUAUAUUUGUAGUUAUAUUAAUAAAGGAUCUGAUCAGGCUGCAUUCUCAGUAGAAUCGCGUGAUGAAAUUAAAGCAUUCCAAAAUGGCAGAUAUAUUAGUUUAUCAGAAGCUGCAUGGCGGAUAUUUGGUUUUACGAUUCACGAACGGUCACCAGCAAUUUUUCAACUCUCAGUACACCUUAAAAAUGGCCAACGCGUCUAUUUCACCGAUCAAAAUGCUCGCGAAAGACUUGAAAAUGUUAGAAACACCACUCUUAUGGCUUUUUUUGAACUUUGUCACCAUGACGAAUUCGCGAAAACAUUGCUUUAUAUUGAAGUUCCUUCUUACUAUACUUUUACUAAUAAUCGUUUCAAUAGAAGAAAACAAAGAGAGCCAAUUGUACAAUACCCUGGAGUCAAGAAAUCCAAUGUGCUCGGUCGAGUAUACACUGUUCACCCAAGUAAUGUUGAAUGUUAUUAUUUACGUAUGCUUUUGCAUCACGUCCGUGGACCAACUUCAUUUUUAGAUUUAAAAACUGUUGAAAACGUUAUCCACCCUACAUUUCAAAGAGCUUGCCAAGUGCUUGGUCUGUUACAAGAUGAAAGUCAUUGGAAUUCUACUCUUGAAGAAGCUGCUUUAUUUCAAUCAGUGUCGAAUCUAAGAGAACUUUUUGUUACUAUGAUAGCAUUUUGCCACAUUACUAAUUUAACAGAACUGUGGGAAAAUCACAAAAAUAAUAUGUCAUUAGAUAUUUUGCAGCAAGAAAGGCAUCGUUCUGGAAAUCACGAUUUAGCUGUCACUCCAUAUAUUUUCAAUAAAACUUUAAUAUUAAUAGAAAAUGAUCUUCUGAAAAUAUCUGGAAAGAAGCUGUCUGAUUUUAACAUGGAAUCACCGUUACAAACUGAUGAUAAUGAUGAUAAUUUUCUUAGAGAUAGGGCUUAUGUUGCAGAAACUUCUUAUGAUUAUGAUAUACUUUCAAAUUACAUCCAGGAGAAUGAGCCGAAGUUAACAAACGAUCAGCAAGUUGUUUAUAAUACUAUUUUACAAAGCGUAUUGCAAGAUACUGGAGAAUUAUUUUUUCUUGAUGCUCCUGGUGGAACUGGCAAGACCUUCAUACUGAAUCUAUGGCUUGCAAAGCUACGUGUAGAGAGAAUAAUUUCAUUAGCAGUCGCUUCUUCCGGGAUAGCAGAAACAUUAUUACAAAAUGGCAAGACAGCACAUUCCGCUUUCAAAUUACCUUUGGAUCUUCAGACUAACGAACGCCCAGUUUGUAGUGUGAAGAAACAAAGUUCUUUGGGUAAAUUAUUAAGGGAGACACGUUUUAUUGUUUGGGAUGAAUCAACAAUGGCGAAUAAAGGUGGUCCUGAGGCACUUGAUAGAACGCUGAGGGAUUUUAAAAAUAAUGAUCGCCCAAUGGGCGGAGUUGUUAUUAAAGGCACUAAAAGUGAUUAA